AAUAGGGCUGUACACGUUUGCCAAUCUAGUGACAGCAAGCUCCGGCGUGAAGAAAACAAACACAGCCAUGGGAGGAAUCAUUAGCUAUUUUUCUGGAUGGUUUGGAGCACGUGAAAGAAGAAUAUUGAUCCUUGGAUUAGAUGGAGCAGGAAAAACUACAAUUUUAUAUAAACUACAAGUAGGAGAAGUAGUGACGACUAUUCCCACAAUUGGAUUCAAUGUGGAAACGGUGAAUUACAAGAACCUGAAGUUUCAAGUGUGGGAUUUAGGAGGUCAAACAAGUAUAAGGCCAUAUUGGCGAUGUUACUACUCCAAUACGGACGCCAUUAUCUAUGUGGUGGACAGUGUGGACAGAGACAGAAUAGGGAUCUCCAAACAGGAACUAGCCUCUAUGCUCGCGGAGGAGGAAUUAAAAAAUGUGGUCAUUGUGGUAUUUGCCAACAAGCAGGACAUAGAGGGUGCCAUGACCCUAAAAGAAGUCUCUGUUGCCCUCGGACUACCUUCUCUCAAGCAUAAUCAUUAUAUAUUCCAAACAUCUGCAAUAAAGGGAACAGGUUUAAAUGAAGCUAUGGAAUGGCUAUCACAAAACCUGCCACAACAGAAAUGAAGUAAAACUAAAGAUUUAACCAGAAUUCCAGGCAAAAGCCAGUCCAAAGCGCAGCAGCAACUUGCCAAGGACAAUUGACUAGAACAAAAAACACGCUGACUAAAUACAGUUGUGAUGAUAUGUAAUAUAAAUGAGGUAAAUUGGGCUACGUCAUGUCAAAUGGCUCAAACUAUCUUUUGAGAUCAUUAAGUAAGAUUUCCUACAAGUUUCUACAGAAGUUAAUUAAAAUUGUAUCAGAAAUAUUCUAUCUAUGUGUCUAAUUAAAUGAUGUGGUCACACUUCAUUGAAUGGACACAUUUAUCAGUUAAACAUUUUCCCCUUCAGUGAUUUCAGUGUAACUGUGUUGACAGUUGAUAUAAAUAUAUUAUCAGUUCUGAAAAAAAAAUAACACUACAACAAUAUGACCAUAUAUUGAGAUAAAGAAAUUCUUACUUAAUAAGAUGGGGAUGUCUAUAUUGAGGAUCGAUGUGAAAGAGUGGGUAUAUAGGGAUGAGUUAAUGUGUAGUGUUGUGAGGGUCUGACAAGUAGACUUAGAUGUGUGAAUGUCAUCAUUGUGUGUAAGGAACUUUGAUACAAGUUACAAAUUUUGUAUUGAGUCUGAUCAUUAGUGCUGUAAAGUAGGUAAUAUCUGGGGGAUUUCAUGUUUUAAUUGUUGUCAUCAUCGAACAUGACUUGUCUUUGAAUUUUAAUACUCAGCAAAUGUUGAUACAGAGAAUUAAAAUCUGGAUAUAUACACUAAUCAUAGAUAUGUGUACAAAUGUUUAGCCAUUUACUGCUGAAUAAUGAUAACAACAACAACUCUGUCUGAGGGUUUUAAAUUAACUUGAGAAGAUACAGUGAGGACGGGAGUUUAGUAGUCACACCUGAGGACAGGAGGUUGGUAGUCACACCUGAGGACAGGAGUUUAGUAGUCACACCUGAGGACGGGAGUUUAGUAGUCACACCCGAUUGAUCAAUUUCAUGCUCUAGCCAUGUCAGUACCAAUUUGAUUUCCAACUCUAUACAUAGUCAAAUUAAGAUAAGGUACAUACUUUUAUCAAAGAUCACUAGGCCAUGUCAGUACCAAUUUGAUUUCAAACUCUAUACAUAGUCAAAUUAAGAUAAGGUACAUACUUUUAUCAAAGAUCACCAGGCCUUAUCAGUACCAAUUUGAUUUCAAACUCUAUACAUAGUCAAAUUAGGAAAAGGUACAUGCUUGUAAGUUGUAAGAACUUUUCUAUUGUUCAUUUGUCAUUUGGGAUGAUAUAAUAUGUUAAGAUUAUUUAAACUCGUGGUAAACUGUGCAUUUCUGUUAUAAGGAUUGGUUCGUGCUACUAGUUGUAAAUUUAGCCUGGCUAUGCUAUGAAAAAUAUAGAAUCUCUGCAAACCAGUUUUGAUUUGAACAACUGCAAAAUAUCACCCCUUGAAAUUACAGAACUCUACAGUAACAUUGAAUUUUAUGUGUGCUUCAGGUUUUAUUUGUUUUUCAUGUGCAAUUGUUUGUUGUGUGUUUGGUGAAAAUAUUCUGAUAUCUGAACUUUUUAAAAGUCAUUUAUUGAAACGGCUGACUUAAGAUAGACUGAUUAUCAAGUAACAAGAGUUCCCAGACUGAGUACCUAGUAACAACAGUUCCUAGACUGAGUAUCUAGUAACAACAAUUCCUAGACUGAGUACCUAGUAACAACAGUUCCCAGACUGAGUACCUAGUAACAACAGUUCCCAGACUGAGUACCUAGUAACAACAGUUCCUAGACUGAGUACCUAGUAACAACAAUUCCUAGACUGAGUACCUAGUAACAACAGUUCCCAGACUGAGUACCUAGUAACAAGAGUUCCCAGACUGAGUACCUAGUAACAAGAGUUCCUAGACUGAGUACCUAGUAACAACAGUUCCUAGACUGAGUACCUAGUAACAACAGUUCCCAGACUGAGUACCUAGUAACGAGAGUUCCCAGACUGAGUACCUAGUAACAACAGUUCCCAGACUGAGUACCUAGUAACAACAGUUCCCAGACUGAGUACCUAGUAACAACAGUUCCUAGACUGAGUACCUAGUAACAACAGUUCCCAGACUGAGUACCUAGUAACGAGAGUUCCCAGACUGAGUAUCUAGUAACAACAGUUCCCAGACUGAGUAUCUAGUAACAAGAGUUCCCAGACUGAGUACCUAGUAACAAGAGUUCCCAGACUGAGUACCUAGUAACAACAGUUCCCAGACUGAGUACCUAGUAACAAGAGUUACCAGACUGAGUACCUAGUAACAAGAGUUCCCAGACUGAGUACCUAGUAACAACAGUUCCCAGACUGAGUACCUAGUAACAACAGUUCCCAGACUGAGUACCUAGUAACAACAGUUCCCAGACUGAGUACCUAGUAACAAGAGUUCCCAGACUGAGUACCUAGUAACAAGAGUUCCCAGACUGAGUACCUAGUAACAAGAGUUCCCAGACUGAGUACCUAGUAACAAGAGUUCCCAGACUGAGUACCUAGUAACAAGAGUUCCCAGACUGAGUACCUAGUAACAAGAGUUCCCAGACUGAGUACCUAGUAACAAGAGUUCCCAGACUGAGUAUCUAGUAACAACAGUUCCCAGACUGAGUACCUAGUAACAAGAGUUCCCAGACUGAGUACCUAGUAACAACAGUUCCCAGACUGAGUACCUAGUAACAACAGUUCCCAGACUGAGUACCUAGCAACAACAGUUCCCAGACUGAGUACCUAGUAACAACAGUACCUAGUAACAGCAGUUCCCAGACUGAGUACCUAGCAACAACAGUUCCCAGACUGAGUAUCUAGUAACAAGAGUAACAAGACUGAGCCAUUUCUUCCUUUAAUCAGUUUAAUCUACACAAAGUGGGAACAGGUAAAUCAUGAUACCCAUUCAUUUGAAUGUGAAUGUUAAAUAUCCAACACAAGUACUACUGGUGAUUAGCAGCAAAUCAUAAUUAUAAAGAAUUCCUAACUGUAGGCAUUGACUAAUCAGCAGGGAUCUAUCUUAACUUGGUUUUCACUCGCUCUUCCUUUGUGUAUGUUUAACUGAAUGUGAGAGAUUUGUAGGUGUGGUUUACUGAUAAUGUACUGUAUGUGUGUUGGUAUGUGGUAAUAUAUAGUUAACAUGUGUUGUCUAUGAUUAUAAGUGUACAUGUGUUGGAACAUGAUACAAAAGUGUACAUGUGUUGGCACAUGAUACAAAAGUGUACAUGUGUUGGAACAUGAUACAAAAGUGUACAUGUGUUGGAACAUAUAUUUGUUGAGGUGUUAAGAGCUGAAGAACUGUCAAAGUUUCAAUGUGAACUUGGUAACAAUUUCAUAAAAUUCUGUAGUAAUUAUUUAUUUUUCACAGCACUUAUUUAUCUUUUUAUAUUACUAAUAGCUUUAUUUAAUAUGAUAUUCAUCUCUUUUGAUUGAAAAUUAAUUAAUCAGGAGCUAUUUUGUAGUUGUGGAGAAAAAAAUAAAUUGUUAUCUUUACAUUCAAACCUAGAAAAUGUUUCUGCUUUUUAUGAAAAAGCAUUGUCCAUGUAGGAAGUGGUUUUCAACUUAAUUGAAAUAUAAACAGAAGAUUUGAACAUGGAUAUUUCUUGCUGUGUUACUAGUGUAGCGUAAGUAUUGUAAAAUGACGUAUACUGUUUUUGUACAAAGUGGAUGUCUCUGGUGUUAACAAGUGGGGUAGUACAUUUUUAAUUGAUUAUGAAAGGGUGGAUAGGUCUUAAACUAUGAUAGUUAUAAAGUGGAGCCCACAAAGAUAAGUUUGGGAUGACAGUUAUAUUGUUCACCCUCCACCUGUCAUGAUUUUUAUUUCUUAAAUGAAAAACCCAGAUAAAGGUAUAUUUACAAUGCUAAGCUGACAUGAAUACAUAACCUCAGUGUUGUUCUUAUUUACAGAUAUUUGUUUAAUAUUUCAUGAGAAGGAAGUAAAAUGUGUUUAACUUUAUAGCGUGUUCGCGUGAACUGCUGCACACAUAUUUGUUCUGUGAAUUUUACCAACUUAUUCUGUUGUCCUACUUGUUUCUUCAGAUUUUUGUCUUGUAAUAAUGCAGUCUUAAGUGUAUGCUACAGUACACAGAGUUAAACAUUCAGAUAAAAACAUCAUAUUUCCUCUAUGAACAAAUACACUAGUUUUAUGAGAUAACAAAUACCUGGGAUAUCUGUUUUAUAAUAAGGAGGUAACGGAUUGUUUUAAGAUACAAUGUAUAUGUUGAUUAUGAUUUAUCAUUUGAUACAAUCAUUGAAAGAUGAUUAAUAUUACUGUUUAAUUGGUCCAAGCUUCCUCUGGCCCAAACACCAGAUGUUAGACAUUUUGAUGGACAUAUGCUUGAUGUAGAAGUACAUUUGGUGUUUGGGCCUGGGGAAGCUCGAGCUCUACCUGUACUGUGAAUGAAUUUUUCAUUUUAAUAUUAUUGUCUAGUGGAUUAAAUGUAAAAAAUAUGGUUUACAAUGUGCUGUAGGUUAUAUUGAGAGGUUAAUUUAUUGAUAAGGUGAUGUAUAUAAAAUGUAGAUUGUCAAUAUUGUCCAAGUAUGGUUAUUCAGUAGAUAUAUUUUAAAGCUUAUUUUCUUACUACAAAACGUAUAUCAUUCAGUCCUGUUGUCUAGACAUUUCUUGUGUAAAUUUGCUUCAAACUUACACUGAUUUUUAAUUGGAUUAAAUGGGCUGUAGAAUCUUACUCAUCAGAUUUCUGAAGUCUAUUCAUUCAACCAGAUAAAAGUGUCUAUAUAUGUCAUCCUUUCACCAUACCUACAUUGUAUCAGAAGUGCUUGUAAAUUGAUGGUAGAGUUUUAAAAUUUCCGUGGGUCCAGUGAAUUAUUUUACAACACCUGUAUGGAGGUAAUAUUUGCAAUACGGUGAAAUAGUCACACCAAGAACUUACCUUAUAUCAGUUGAUCUGGAAAUCAUUACAUGUGGGGAUCAUCACAUCUGAUGUCAUACGACUAUCAGUGUAAAAGUGUCUACACAACACUUGUCAUGUUAGAGUUGUUACAUUGUAAUAUCACCAUAUUACUCAUCUUCUGUUUUUCUCUUCAACUAUGUUGAAAUCUGAUGCACAAUUACAAAAUAUACAUGUAUUAAAACAAAUUGUUGAAACAA